UCCACAAUAAACCCUAGUCCGACAGACGCUCAGACACACAGCCAGCGACUCAAAUUACACAACCACCGUCUGUUCGCUCGUCACUCCUCACCAUCCGCCGUUGUCGCCGCCGCUAACUUCCGUUCACCCGCCGCAACCAUGGCUCAAUUGAAGUCCAUGUCCGCCUGCUCCGCCGCCAACCUCACUUUUCACGCGCCAAAAAGAGAAUCAUAUCCGUAUCAUGGCAGAGUUUGUUGUCCGGGGAAAUUAUCUUCAUUUCAAGAGUUGGGGGCACGAAAGAGUGAGCUGCAGGGGAAUGCAUUUGCGGUUACCAGUGGCAAUGGAAGUGUAAGAGCUCAUAACAAGCAAGUUAUUAGAGCGGUGCUGCCCACUUACAGUGAGACAGAAGUAUCCGGAUCCACGAAGGAAAGAGGACUGCGUGGCAAAUUGAACAAGGUUGUUCUAGCCUAUAGUGGUGGCUUAGACACAUCAGUCAUUGUCCCAUGGUUAAGGGAGAAUUAUGGUUGUGAUGUUGUUUGCUUCACGGCUGAUGUUGGUCAAGGUAUAAAAGAAUUGGAUGGUCUGGAAAAAAAGGCCAAAGCCAGUGGGGCUUCUCAGUUAGUAGUGAAGGAUCUAAAGGAGGAGUUUGUAAAGGAGUACAUAUUCCCUUGCUUGCGGGCUGGUGCAAUCUAUGAGAGAAAAUACUUGUUAGGGACUUCAAUGGCCCGUCCUGUUAUUGCUAAGGCCAUGGUUGAUGUUGCAAAAGAAGUUGGAGCUGAUGCUGUAGCUCAUGGAUGCACUGGGAAAGGAAAUGAUCAGGUUCGCUUUGAGCUGACAUUUUUCGCUCUCAAUCCCAAACUAAAUGUUGUCGCUCCUUGGAGGGAGUGGGAUAUUACAGGUAGAGAAGAUGCUAUUGAAUACGCUAAGAAGCAUAAUGUGCCUGUCCCAGUGACAAAGAAAUCCAUAUACAGCAGAGACGGCAAUUUAUGGCACCUUAGUCAUGAGGGUGAUAUUUUGGAAGACCCGGAAAACGAGCCCAAGAAGGAUAUGUUCAUGUUAACAGUUGAUCCAGAGGAUGCACCAAAUAAACCUGAGCAUGUAGAAAUUGGAAUCGUUUCUGGAAUUCCAGUUUCAGUCAAUGGGAAGGAGCUUUCGCCGGCAUCUCUACUUGAUCAUCUCAAUCAGAUUGGUGGAAAACAUGGAAUUGGCCGCGUUGACAUGGUUGAAAACCGGCUAGUCGGUAUGAAGAGCCGUGGAGUCUAUGAAACUCCUGGAGGCACCAUCCUCUUCGCUGCUGCACGCGAGCUGGAGUCUUUAACACUGGACCGAGAAACAAUGCAAGUUAAAGACUCACUAGCCCUCAAAUACGCGGAGCUGGUAUAUGCAGGCAGGUGGUUUGACCCACUGCGCGAGUCCUUGGAUUCGUUCAUGGAGGAAAUCUCAAAAACAACCACCGGAUCAGUAACUCUGAAGCUGUACAGGGGUUCAGUUACCGUGACCAGCCGGAAGAGCCCGUACAGUCUCUACAGGCAGGACAUCUCGUCGUUUGAGAGUGGGGAUAUAUAUGAUCAGGCUGAUGCUGCUGGGUUCAUUAGGCUGUAUGGCCUUCCCAUUAGGGUUCGCGCAAUGCUCGACUCUUGAAGGGGAAGUUUUCAAUGGCUUUGUUAGGUUUUGUUUGUAAUGUUAUGUUAGCCAGUUGUUUUAAACAAGAAUCUAAUUGUGGUUCUACUUCUAAUUUAUUUAUGUUUUAGGUAAAUAAAUUUAUGUUAUGUUAGUUUUUGUUUGUAAUGUUAUGUUAGUGGAAAAUAAUUUAACUAUGUUUUAGUAGGUAAAAUAAUUAACCUAUGUUAUAGUUAA